CCAACCAGUGAGAUGCAUACUGCGGCUCGGUUUUCAAACAGAUUACAGACGGUUGAGAGGUGUGUGUUCGGGGGACAGGUGGGUCAAGGGUUAAAUGGCCGAAGGCGGCUCGCUUCUGUUCGUAGGUGCAGGAAUGGACAGCCGUAUCAUUACGCCAGGGCCGUACCGUGCUGCUAAACUGUGGAAUGAAGUAACAAAACAUUUUCGGGUGGGAAUGCCUUUGACAAAACACAGACAACAUUUCAAAGCCUAUGGAAAUUAUUUUACAGCUUCUGAAGCAAUAGAUUUGCUCCAUCAAUUGCUCAAAACCAAUAGCAAUUUUGGUUCUGAGGUGACAAGGCAGCAGACCAUACAGCUACUGAGAAAGUUCUUAAAAAAGCAUGUCAUUGAAGAUCUAAAAGGAAGAUGGGGAACUGAGGAUCUGGAGGACAAUAACAGCCUUUAUAGAUUCCCUUCCACUUCUCCAGUUAAGACCAUUCCAAGUCGUCCCCCGUUGUGGAAAAGAAGUAGCAUGGAAAAUGUAUUUAAAGAAAGAGAACACUUAUUCAAGAUGCCACAGUUCUCUAAGAAAACAACUAGAAGGCGUGCGUCUGUGGAUUCUAAGAAUGAGCAGGAAAACAAGGACCUGAUGGAAGAGCAAGAGAAUGAUGAUGACUUUCCUAAGCAGCUUCGUAGCAAGGAUAUUGAAGACAUAUGGGGAAACAUAACCUUGAUACACCUUCAGAAAAUACUAGGUUUGCCAUCCUUGGAAGAAGUUUUAAAUCCUUCCCAGAUAAAGCCUAAUUAUAUAAGGUAUAAUAUGACACAUACCAGUAAGCAUGGAGUUGUUGUCCUUCAAUGCAAAACGGAUGACCUUCCUCAUUGGGUCCUGUCUGCUAUGAAAUGCCUUGCCAAUUGGCCUAAGAAUAAUGAUACGAGUCAGUCAACAUAUAUUGGCUUCGAACGGGAUGUUUUUAGGACAGUUGCUGACUAUUUCCUAAAUCUUCCAGAGCCUCUGCUCACAUUUGAUUUUUAUGAGCUUUUUGUAAAUAUCUUGGGUUUGUUGCAGCCACACUUGGAGAGAGUUGCAAUUGAGGCUCUGCAACUUUGCUGUCUGCUACUUCCCCCUGCAAACAGACGAAAGCUCCAGCUGUUAAUGCGCAUGAUCUCUCGCAUGAGUCAGAAUGUGGAUAUGCCGCGGCUUCACAAUGCCAUGGGAAAUAGAUCCUUGCUGAUUCAAACAUUUUCCCGAUGUGUCUUGUGCUGUGCUGAAGAAGUGGAUCUGGAUGAAUUGCUUGCUUCAAGACUGGUUUCCUUCCUCAUGGAUCAUCCCCAAGAUAUCCUACAAGUGCCUUGCUAUUUGCAAACUGCUGUCCAGAAUCAUAUACAAUACCUUCAAAGACCCCAUGUGAAGCAAGGAACUGUGCCAGCCUAUUAUUUUUGUAAGCAGAUAAGCACCCAAGAGUUUGAAGAGCAGAAAUUGGCCACCUCUCAAGCUGCUAUAAUCGAACUUUUAGAAAACAUUGUAAGAGACAAAACUUUAUCAAUAAAGGACAAGAAAAAGAAGCUAAAGCAGUUUAGGUUAAAGAAUGCUCUUCAUUUGUUGUGUCUGUUUCAGUUUAAGAAACAAUACCCAGACAUCUACCAAAGCCGCUUUCCAACCAGAGAAAGUGAAGCCAAAUUGUUUGGAGAUAAACCUACAAUCAAACAACCAAUGUUGAUGCUGAAGAAGCCAAAAUUUAAAUUCCUACGCCAUUAAUAAGAGAAUACACAUAGUUUGAAAAUUGUAUGUGCAAGUUCUGUACCUUUUCUGUACUAUGAUCUGUAUCUCUGUCCCUGUGUGGUUGUCGGAGUGCUUAUUUGUACUGUUAAACUUCCUCUAUUGCAAAUCAUGGGUAUGUAUCAGUUGCUGCUUGUUAAUUCCUGCCUAUAUUAUUUAAAUAUGACUGCCUAGUGCAUUGAAACAGGAGUUGUGUGCUAAUAAUGUCAAUUCCCACUAAGGCAUUAGUAUUAGACCCAGCACAUAUGCAUAUAUCUUAAGGGUUUCUGUCCUGGGAAAAUGUGGGGCAUAAUGCUUCAUUGCAAUCUCUUCUUCAAAACAGUUUUUUUAUUUUUAUGUAUUAAUUUUGAAACCUGACGUGGGGUACAAGUUGGAGUGUAAUCACCCCCCACCCAGCCUAUACACAGAACAAUGCGUAGGUAACCAAAUCACCACAUUUCUAAAAAUACUCCCAUGCCCCACCUAGUGGUAAAUAAAAACUCUGUUGCAGUCUAUAGUAUAACACCCAAACCUGACCACAGUUAAGCAGGCUAAAAUAGUUAAAAAGUUGAACUUGAUGAAUGUGUGUCUUUUACCAACCUAACUUACUAUGUUACAAUUCCUCCAGUUAAAAUUGAGUAGGAAAAACAAUCGCUUAUCUGAAAGCAGUUCCAUUGUGAAGUGCUGGCUCUUUCUAAAAGUACAGGAUCAGGCACCAUGACUUGUCCCUGGAUUAAAAAAAAAAAAAUAUAUAUAUAUAUAUAUAUAUAUAUAUAUAUAUAUAUAUAUAUAUAUAUAUAUAUAUAUAUAUUUAUUUAUUGGUUCUAGAAUAACUUCUUAAACGGCAAAAUGAAUUAUUUGCAAUGUUCACAGUGUAAUUUAGUUAUAAAUUAUGGUGUGGUAAAAUUUCACCAUAAAAUCAUCACAGAAUCACUUUAAGCUCUUUUACAAUAACACCAGCGUAGAAUGGAUAUUGCAAGAUGAUGAUUGAGCAAAUAUGGUGUUCAAUCCUCUAAGAUAAAUUGAUUUGGUAGGGCUCAUUGACAUUGAAAAGUAUGGUCUUUUACAUAUUUGUUUGGGGGAAUAGUUUUCCUUUUAAGAUGAAAAAAAAAUAAGAGGACGGUACAGGUUUUCUUCGAAGAGUGACCAUGUUGUCCCUACUGAUUUCAAUUGAAAUCUGUAUAUUAAGGUUUGCUAUGCAUUACAACCAAUCCCAUACAGUGCAUAAUGCAGAGAGCAUAAUAUACCUUUAAAAAAAAAACAACUUUUCAUGGUUCAUUCUUUGUAGUAGAUCAAUGAAGAACUUUGGGUUACCAGUCUCCAAGAUUCUGAAUUCUAUGUGCUAUACAGGUCAGCUAGGUAUUAGCCUGUUCUGUGUGGAAGUGCACCAAAGAAUAUCUCUGAAGGCCAGAAAAUUGAUUGUGAAGCCUUUAGUUUAUGAGAGAAAAAGCCUGCUCUCCUAAUCGCAUGUAUUGGAGAUGAUACAAUGUGAAACUUGUCUGAUUGUUCCAAAGCACAGCAGAACCUCCAUGCUCCAUACCACAGCUGAAAUCUGGGUAAAAAAAAUGAUCCCUGUAAUUCUUGUUUUUUCUCUUAUUUUAGAACUUUCUCCUUUUCUGUACCACAUAAUAAAGGAAACCUGAUUCUGCUCAAAAUAGUUUGUCAAAGAUGGAAAAAAUUAGAACAAGUUUUUUGCUCCUCUGUAAAUAUUUUGUUUGCUGUGAUUUGCACAUUUUGUUUGUAACCUGUUCAGCGCCUAAAUGUUUAAAACUGACAUUCAUUAAGACUGUAAGGUCUCUUAUAGUGAGCAAUUUUACUUGCAAUUUUGUCUCUUACAGUGAUUGCAGUACUUUGCACUCCAUUUGUAAAUGUUUCCUGUCCUAUUUAUAUAUAUUUUUACCACAUUUUAUUUUUGUAUUCAAGAAAUUUGUAACCGUUUUUUUUUUCCAGAUAUGCAUGCUACUAGUCAGAAGCUAUAUUUUUCGAAUAAGUAUGAAGACAAAUAAAAAAAAAUAAUCUUU